CAGUAUAGCAUUUUAUAGAGCCUUGGAAUGGUAAGGAAACUAGGGUUUUGAGGAUCAACUCUCGAGUUAUUAACUAUCGUCCUCGAGUCUGCCUCUUCCUCCUCCUGCGCUACCUCAAACCUAAGGUAAGUUUCUUCGAAAAGUGUGAAAAUGGUUGAGAAGACCAAGGGAAGAAAGGAGGAGGUGGUGACCAGGGAGUACACCAUUAACCUUCAUAAGCGGUUGCAUGGCUGCACAUUCAAGAAGAAGGCUCCUAAGGCGAUCAAGGAGAUCAGGAAGUUUGCACAGAAAGCAAUGGGAACUAAUGAUGUGAGGGUGGAUGUGAAGUUGAACAAACACAUCUGGAGCAGAGGUAUACGAAGUGUUCCUAGGAGGAUCAGGGUCCAAAUUGCUCGCAAGAGGAAUGAAGAUGAAGAUGCAAAGGAGGAGCUCUAUUCUCUUGUUACUGUGGCAGAGAUUCCAGCAGAGGGUAUAAAGGGUUUGGGGACCAGGAUCAUUGAAGAUGACGAUUGAAUCAUCUGUGGUUUGAUAUUCCCUUCAUAGGUGAGUUUAUAGUCACCCAAAAGUUUUUUAAGAGUGAUUGUUCUGAGACUGAUUAGAAUUGAUUAAAUCUGUUACUUUAUUAUUGUUUCGAUGAUCGACUUAGUUAAUUCUUGUUUAAAUUGGGUAACGCUGUUAUCGUUUGCUGCUACUUUUUUUCCCUGGCCAUGGGUUACCUGCUU